AGCUCUGCGAGGAACGGCAUCAUGUUCACUUGGGUAAAUAAGGAACAGGGUGGAAGGAACAAGGAGGGAGACAUGUUUCAAACAGUGAUUGAAGGACUUCAGAGUCUUUAUACUAAAAAACUUCUGCCUUUGGAGGAGACCUACCUCUUCCAUGACUUCCAUUCACCGGCGCUGGAGGAGGCGGACUUCCAGAGCAAGCCUAUGGUUCUUCUGGUCGGACAGUAUUCCACAGGGAAGACCACUUUCAUCAGGUAUCUUCUGGAGCAAGAUUUUCCAGGAAUGCGAAUUGGCCCUGAACCAACGACGGAUGGAUUCAUAGCUGUGAUGUACAAUGAGAACGAGGGGAUUGUUCCUGGAAAUGCCUUGGUUGUUGACCCCAAGAAACCCUUCCGCAAGCUCAAUGCAUUUGGAAAUGCCUUCUUAAAUAGGUUCAUCUGCUCACAAAUGCCCAACCAAGUUCUGCAGAGCAUUAGCAUCAUUGACACGCCAGGGAUCUUGUCUGGCGAGAAGCAGCGCAUAAGCAGAGGCUAUGAUUUCUCAGAGGUUCUGCGCUGGUUUGGAGAGCGAGUGGACCGUAUCAUUCUCCUCUUUGACGCCCAUAAGCUAGACAUAUCUGAUGAGUUUUCUGAAGCGAUCAAAGCUUUCCGUGGGCAGGAUGACAAAAUCCGUGUGGUGUUGAACAAGGCUGACCAGGUGGACACCCAGCAGAUGAUGCGAGUUUAUGGUGCGCUGAUGUGGUCGCUGGGGAAGGUGAUCAAUACUCCAGAGGUAGUGAGGGUCUAUCUCGGUUCUUUUUGGGCCAAACCUCUCCAAAAUGCAGAAAACCGGCGUCUGUUUGAAGCUGAAACACAAGAUCUCUUCAGAGAUAUCCAGAGUUUGCCUCGCAACGCUGCCCUGCGUAAGCUGAAUGACCUGGUCAAAAGAGCUCGGCUUGCUAAGGUGCAUGCUUACAUCAUCAGCUACUUGAAGAAGGAUAUGCCUUCCCUGUUUGGAAAAGAGAAGAAAAAGGAAGAGCUGAUUGCCAACCUGCCUGAGAUCUAUGAGAUUCUGCAGAGAGAGCACCACAUCUCACCUGGAGAUUUCCCUAAAGUCACUAAAAUGCAGGAGCAACUGCUACACUACGACUUCAGCAAGUUCCCUUCUUUGAAGGUGAAGUUGAUUGAAUCUGUGGACAGAAUGUUGUCCACCAAGAUCUCAAGUCUGAUGAACAUGAUCCGAGAGGAAGAAAGCAAACAGCCACUUCAGGUAGUAAUGGGUGGAGCCUUUGAGGACUCGUCCGACGGGCCUUUUGGCCAUGGUUAUGGCGAGGGUAUCAGUGCAGGGGCUGAUACUGAGGACUGGAUCGUGAGUCGCGACAAACAUCGCUACGACGAAAUCUUCUACACACUGAUGCCUAUCAAUGGGAAGGUGACUGGCAUCAAUGCCAAGAAGGAGUUGAUGAAUUCUCGUCUGCCCAACACUGUAUUGGGAAAGAUCUGGAAGCUGGCAGACUGUGAUAAGGACGGCAUGCUGGAUGAUGAAGAAUUUGCUCUGGCUCAGCAUCUUAUUAAAGUAAAGCUAGAGGGAUUUGAGCUUCCUACAGAGCUACCAAAUCACCUAGUGCCUCCAUCGCACAGGAAGAACCCCACUGCAGACAUCUUGUACAACCACCAGGAUGAUUGAUCAUCUUCAUAUCUUCAUAUUUAUCAGUCAGCUUCUAGCACAAAGUGGCCUUUGAAUACUGAAGUCUUUAUUGAAAGACCAUAACC